CGACCACAAUACAGUGUACGUAAAUAAAGUGGUGGGGGAGACGGAACGAGCGCUUCGACAACAGCACACUUGACUGAAUCAGCCGGAGCUUUCCAUUGCUCUCUUGAAACUGAAAGGAGCGACAUCAAAAACCGGCGAGGAACCAAAACUUCAGCACAACAAUUUCUCGCUAAAUUGUGAUAUUACGAGUAACUUAAAUUUUAUUAUACCGGACAUUCAAUUAUUAUUAUUAUUAUAGUGUUUUAACUGAGUAGUGCUAAGUGUUAUUGAAUUGUGAUAAAAAUGGACUUAAUUUGCAACGAGCAGGCCGAAAAUGAAAACCAGGCCUACGACGAUAAAAACCUUCUACAAGACAGAGUAUUAAAAAGGCUUCUGAAGGACGAGGACCGCUACUGCAUACAGUAUUCGAACAACUUUAGGUCCAUACAAACCGAAGUCACAGUGGAUAUGAGAAAAACUGUAGCAGAGUGGAUGAUGGAGGUUUGCGAAGAGCAAAAAUGCCAAGACGAAGUGUUCAACCUGGCCAUGAACUACAUGGAUCGAUUUCUAAUGUGUUGUCGCAUCAAAAAAAAUCAGUUACAGUUGUUAGGUACGGCGUGCAUGCUGAUCGCAUCGAAAUUAAGGGAACCGCGCCCUCUAUCCGGAGAAAUGUUAGUGUAUUAUACGGACCAUAGUGUUACCAAGGAACAACUUUGGAGUUGGGAACUUCUAGUCUUGAAAACCUUAAAGUGGGACAUUUCCGCAGUGACCCCGCAGGCUUUCCUCAAACAUAUUCUUAGUAGGCUGGCCGUCGAAGAGGUCGGAGUUAGCCUGGAAAUGGUUAUCAGCCAUGCGAAGACGCUUGUCACCUUGUGUGCAAGAGAAUUCGAGUUUUCCAUGUACCAUCCGAGUAUAAUAGCAUGCGCCAGUAUAUCGUCUGCAUUGUGUGGAGUCGGGUGGCUUGGAAAAAGCCAAAACACGUUAGAAACGCUAUUAGACCACUUAUAUAGGAUAACAUCUAUCGAGAAAGAUUACAUCCAGGAAUGCCUCAGGAAAAUAGACGACAUGGUCCGCAGCUCGGCGAGGCAGUUCUACCAAAGUCAAAACAAAGAUUUAUUAGAAUCAGAAGAAACGUUCAGGCCGAACGAGUUUACGCCGCCGCCCAGCAAAAUAGAAGAACACAGCGCCACCUUGACGCCAACGGACGUACAAAACGUCCACUUCUAGUGCUGACGUAUAGAUGGCGCUUGAAGCGUCGCGGAUAC